AUGGAUAAUAAUUAUAUAGCAAUAUCUGCAUUUUAUACUCAUAUUCAACGAAUGCGUCAUCAUAUUUCACAUACUCUUCAUAUUUCAUCAGAAAUCGAAGUUGCGUUUACUAGUAACAAUACACAUGGAGGACCUCAAAGAUUGUUGCCAAAUUAUGAAUUGUCUCGAUUUAAUGUUCCAAGAGCACAUAUUGGAACACUUAUUGUUGCGUUUAGAAGACCACAAAGAACAGAACAAGUUCAUGAAAGAGUUUCCAAUGUUUUUUCGCCUCCAAAAAUUAGUAAGUAUGAAAAAGAGAAUUAAGCAUACUAGAAAAACGUGGAUUUUGGAAUUUUUCAAAAAUUUGAACAUCAAUGUUAUUUCCCAGAUUUUAAGGUUUUCUUAAAAUUUUCUAUUUAACAUACAUAAAUUUCGAUUGAAUUUGAAGUUAAAAACAAUAUUUUGCUUAUAAAUAUAUUUUUCCCAAGUCCUUGUUAACUAAUCCCUGUGUGUUCAAUACAACUAACAAAUGUGGUUUUAUUUCCAGGAGCUGAUGUUGGUCGAAUGGAACCCGGACAAUGGCCAUAUUUAACAUUCUAUCCAACUGGAAUGCUUCAAGAACAACAUGAAAUGGCUUUCCCUGUAAUGACUAUGGAAAUGACUAUGGAACAAGUUGAUGAACCAAUGGAUGAAACAACUGCAAAUCAACAACCAUCAACAUCUAAUGAACCAACAACAAUUGAAGUUCGAGCUGGAAGACCACACGAAAUUAUGAAUGUUCUUAGUCAAAUAAUGUCAAAUCCACAAAUUCGUCCGCCUUCAUCGUCUUCAUCUUCUGGUGAUUCACAAUCUACUUCACAUACUACAACAUCUACACAACCUGAACCAACAGUUAUUCCACCACCACAAUCAAGAAGAGGAAUUCGGGAAAGAAUUGGGAAUAUAAUUCCAUAUUUUCGACAACAAUCACAACGUGAACAAGAUAUUCCAAGAAGUAGUGAUAGUACAGCUGCCACUGCUGGAAGUGCAACACCAUCCUCAACUGAUUCGAAUCCAUCAUCAUCACCUGUUCAACCAUCUUUGCCAAGAGAAAUGCGAGGAGAUGCGGCAACACUUUUGAGAGAAUCUCAAUUGAUUUCUCGUUUGCUUGCUGAACCACGGAGACAACAAGAUAUGAGAACAUCAAGAGGGCCAGAAACUGGUUAGUUUUGAAAUUUUGACAAAUAUAUUUAUGAAUUUUGAUAAAUUCCAGAAUCACUUGCACCAUUUCCGCAAACUGUUUCACCAACAGAACUUCAUAAUAUUGCUCAAAAUAUUGCUUCACGGUAUAGAGAUGACGCGAUUACUAGAAUUGCAACUAAUCUUACUGCAGCUUUUCAAGAACGUAAGUUUUGAGAGUUUAACUUCGAAGCUUGAGGGGCAUCGAAGAUUUUGAAAACAUUAUUUUCAGCUCUUUGCUUUUUGAAAAAAAAAUUGCCUAUUUUUUCAGUUGUCAAGUUUCUAUAUUUGAUGAGUUUUUAUUUAAAGAUUCUUUAAAAACAAUUUCAUUCAAAGAACUUUCAGCCUUUCGAUUAUUGUUCCCUAAACGUUUUCUUUGAACAAACGGUCAUCUUCUAGUUUUUAAUAUUUACCUGAAAUUCUCAAUUUUUGCAGAAGCACCAGCAUGGGAUACUCGUCUAACAAGUAUUCCACUUCGAACUCAAAGAUUUAUGUUGGCUCUCGUUUUGGAAUUAUUGACAAUGUCAGCUAGAAACUUGGAAGAAUCACGUGAAAUGAUGUUGGCAUUGGUUCGAGAUGAAAGUAUUUUGAUUCGAGCAAUUAUUGAGUCAAUGAAAUCACUAUUUUUAUUGGGUGAAUUUCCAACUCAUGUUGGCAGAAUUAUUCUCCAACAACAUAGUACGGUUGGACAAAGAGUUGAUUAUGAAUCAAGAGAUGGAAGUGAUGUAAGUUAACAUUUUCAUUUUCGAAAACUAUCAAAACAUCAUAUUUUUGCAGAGUGAUGAUACAGAUGAUAUGGUAGUUCGAAUGCCUUCAGAUGUUUCUCAACCAAGAUCUGGUUCAUUACGAGAUAUUGCAAAUGCACGAGCUCGUCGUCGACAAAUUGUUGAAAGUCGUCGAAAUACAAGUGUUGAUCCAGCAAGACAAGCAUUUUCUGCUUCUGCUCUUCCAGUUGGUCCAUCACUUCGAGCAUUUGAUCAAGCACAAGUUGAGGCUGGAUUUCUUCCAACUGGUCCGAUUCGUCAACCUUCGGCUUCUUCUUCUUCUUCAACUGAUCGAGCUUCUGUUCGUGUUGCACAACUUCGGGCAAUGCUUGAGGAUACCGAUGAAAUGUUCCGAGAUGAUUGUAAGUUUUUGAUAAAGAUUUGGGAUUGUUGGUAAAAAAGUAGAGCUAAUAAAUUACUUUUGAAAAUUCUUAAAAUUCAGACAAUUUUCGAAGCAAAAAUGGGAGAAACUCUUUAGACAUCACAAAAUGUUUAUAUAACUUGAUUGUUCUUUUUUUUCAGUUGCCAGAAUGCAAGAACAACUUGCUCAAACACAACAAAGAAUUGCAAGUCGAUUAUUCAGUGCACAAUCUAAUAAUUCGGAUCAAAAUCCUUCAACUUCUGGAACAAAUAAUAUUGGAGCAAUGACUAGAGUUCAUCGACAGGUUCGUUUUAUUUUCAAUUUCAUCUCAUAUAUUUAUUCUUUUUUUCUGCAGACAGUUUCAAUUGAUCCAUUUUUAUCGUGUCAUAAUCGACAUAGCGAUUUCAAUCGAGCACAUAAUUUGGGUUCAACUGGAUCAGAAGGAGAUCGAAUGACAAAUCAAUCAAAUGAACCCAAUCCCAAUUAUAAUCAUUAUGUUUCAAGACUCGAUAUUCCACAAAGAGAUACGGAUAGUGUUGUUGAUGAUGAAGAUUUCACUUAUGAGGUAUUUUUUGGGAUUUUUGAUAAAAAUUGGAAAUUUUUCUCGGUUGAAUUUUUUUUUAGAAAAUAUGAUUCUCAAAAUUAUUGAUUUAAGUCCCUCCAAAAUUUCAUAGUUUUUUUUUCAGAUCACUAGAAAUGCGAGUGGUGAAUUACAAAUUCAAAACACCGAAGACGGAAGACUACAAUUCCAGCGAAUUAUGCAAACUGCAUUCAGAAGUUUAUUUGGACAAUUGGUCGAAAGCGAUGCUAUUAUGGCUUUGAGUUAGUUUAUUUUCCAAAUUGAGUUGUCUUCAAAAUAUUUAUAUUUUGAAAAUUAAUUGGAUAUUCUCUGUGGAAUUUUAUUUUGUAUUUGAUUUUAUUUUUAGCAGUUUAAAAAUAACAUAUUUUCAGAUUCGGUGAACUUGAACGGAUUUCCAGCGCCGAGAAACGAAGUUGUUCAAGAAAUGCUCGAAAGACAUGUGAGUUUUUUCGAAAAGAAGUUUAUUUUAAAAGCUUAUAUUUUCAGCCCUUUAUGGUCGCAGCAGCAGCACAAUCAGCUUCGGAUAAUUUGAUCGCACCCGAAAUUUUGCAAAGACCAAGAUCUGCUGGAGGAAAGUGAGUUAUUGUAACAUGAUUCACGGCAAAAAUACUUAUUUUUUCUAGUGUUCAAAAUUCUGAAAAUGAUGCUAGCAGAAGAUUGCCACGUCAGUUCUUUGAUCCAACUGCCGCAAUUUCAUCGUCUCUUCCGAAUAUUUCGAAUUUAUCCGAUGUCGUUUUUCAAGCUGGUGGAUUAGCGCCAAGAAAUAUGAGAGCACCGGUUGGUUUUGAAUUUUAGAUUAUGAUUGAAAUCUGAGGAUUCUGUGAAAAAUUCACGUUUUUUGAUAGCUAAUCUUACAUGAUGUUUAGUUCUCUCCUGAAAAUUUGGUAAUUAAAAAAAUCAAAUUGCCACGUCAUAGGUCACGCCAAUUUCUGUAUUUUCAGGCCGAAUUUGACAUCAGUUAUCCAAUUCCCACUGCAACCGAAGUAGCAUCUGAUGCAUUAAGUGGUCUUCAUACUUUCCUUCAAUCUCAUGUUGGAAGUUUUCCACGUGGAUUAUUUGGAUUACUUUGUGAAUUGUUGAGAAAUCGUAUUGGACGAAAUGAUCUUGGUGGACUUAUUAAUCAAGAAAUUGCAACUCGAGUUAUUGGAAGUAUGCAAAAUGUGUUCAGACAACAUUUGAUUGAUAAUCAAAUGAAUGGAAAUACCAGACCUUCAAGAGAUGGUUUGUUUUUGUUUUCUUUUUUUUGCUGAUUAGAAAUCCUGUUUUUUUUAGAUAUUCAAUCAGUUGCUGAACGUUUGGCCGCGGAAGAAUCAUUUUUCAAUUGUUAUAACUUAUCAAGUACAAAUGGAAAUGGAUUGCCAAUUAAUAUUCGAGGAAGAAUAUAUUCAUUUGGUUGGACAUUUAGACAGCUUGAAAUUGAUACAAUUCGCAGAUUAUUGGAAUUAGUUCUCAAAAAGACAGGUGCCUAUUUGUUGAAUUUUUGUUUUUCAUUUUAUUUUUUUCUUCAGAAAAGGAUGAGUUUGUUAAAAGUGUCAUUGAUAUUAUUCGACAACAUCUUCAACGAAUGUUGUCAGUAUUUUAUUGGUUUUAUGAAGGAAAUUAUGAGAAUAUGCGACAAUCCAUUAUUCAUAGUUUUCCUGUUUGGAUUGUGAGUUUCGAGGUUUUUUUUUUUGAAGUUUCGAAGUUUAUUUUCAGAGAACUUUGCGAUCAACAAGAGAUGAUCCGGAAACAGUUCAAAUGGUUGCAGCGAGUAAUCGAAUAGUACAAACGUGGUUUGAUUUGUUUAGCGGUUAGUAGAAGUUUGAAAAAAAUAUGACUGGGAAAAUUCCUAUGAGGUGGAAAAGUUAGAAAGGAUAUUCAGAUUGUUUUGUGGGAGUUCAAUGAAAAAACUGCCACGUCAUAAGUUUGUAAAUAUUUAUCCACAACAUUGUAUUUUACAAAGUUCCGAAAUCUCUACCAUUUUUAGAUGACAGUAAUUUUUUCCUGAUACAUUUUUCUAGAUUAGAAGUGUUGUAGCUCAAAAAAGAGAAUAUCAAAAUUUCCUAAAUUUUCACGGGGAAAAUUGUUCCCAACCCAAAAUCACCAUCAUUCAUCCCAAACCUAAAUAAAGAACGAAAAAAUAAGAGUGUGUGCCAACACCGACUGCCCGCAAUCCUACGCGCAACCUUGACGCAAAAUACGCGCCGUGUGUUUUCUGGGGAGCAUCUAUAGAAAUUCAAAAUUUAAGUAUGAGUUUCAGAGACAAUUUUAGAAAUUAGACUCGCCGAUCGGAAAAACCCUUGUGAUUCUCUAUGGGAAAAGGGAUGUUGGAGAGAAGAUUCUCAGCGUCUCAAUAUGUUACACUUUCAACGUGUACUCAGAAAUUGUUGUGUACGAUACGAGAAAUACGGAAUUGCCACGUGGCAUUUUGAGCCAAAAUAUUUCAACUCGCAAUUUAGUGGAAAAAUCACCGAAUUUAAGUACACGUGGCAUUUUAAUCGAGACAAACAACGGUUCUCAUAGAGGAUUUUUUGACUCAACAAUUCAGAACAAAACUCCAGUUUCUCGGCUUUUAUGCAAGAAUCUGGGGUUUAAAAAACAACGGUUUCCAUGUGGAUUUUUCGAUUCCACACAAACAUGAUAAACAUCCACGUGGAGUUUAGAACAAAACUAAAGUAGAAACCAGCUUCUUGGCUUUUCCGCAAGAAGUUGGCAACAAAAAAUAAUUGAAAAAUUAGAAAUCUUCGGCGUUUUUGUGAUGUUCGAUGACGGCUUUUCCUCUGAAAAAAAGUCGAACUACCAGAAUUUCUGAAAAUUCCAAGUUUAUGGUGAAGAAAAAAAAAUGCAAUUUUGAGCAUAGCUUCCGCAUUCCAUCUGAAAUUCCAUUUGAAAAUUGAUAAAAUUUGAAUUCCAUCAAUUUUCAAUUAAAAUUCCAGAACUUCUUCUUGUUUGGUUAGAAAAACUCACCGAAAACUUCAAAGGCUUUGAUUUUUGUUGUUUUGUGCAAGCGGGUUUUCCAUGGUUUUCGAAUUUGUUUCUGAAAAAGUAAUUAUUUUUCUUGGAAAUAACGUGUUUUCCCUGAUAAUAGUCAAAAUUUCUCUCCUCCUUGAAUAAUUCCACGUUUUCUUUCCAAUUUUUCUUUCAAAAAACUUGAAAAGCGAACCUCGAUAUCUCCCUUCACAGUUUUUCCAACCAAAUCAAGUCGACAAAGUCGAGAGUAUAACCAAAAAAUUAAGGUAACUCAUGUCGAGGUUCCUGACAAUUGCAAUGGCUAAUGCUCAACUUAAGAAGCUUUACUAUCCAGAGUUAGGCUAAGUUGAGCUGUACUUUACUCCAGGAGAGACACGCGAAAAUAUUCGCAAAGGGCGGUAGGCUUAGGAAUUCGGGCACCCCAAAGAAAAAACUCAUCUUUAUUUGCUGUCGUUUUGUUGCUCGCCGAAAAUUUGAAAGAACUGAAAAAUUAUCGUUGAAAUAGCAUUUGCCACGAAAAUUUCACGUUCACGCAAAAAUAUAUAAUUUUUUCUCUCUGCUUUUUUGUGUUUUUUUUUGCUGACAGAAAAAAGAUUGGUAAAUAGGAGAAAGAAAAUGAACGAGAUACGCUGAAUGUUUUUUGUGGCAUAUCAAAAUUAUAUUUCUUCAACACAAUCUUUUUUUUCUGUUCUUUCUUUAGGUUUGGGAUUUUAAAAAAUGGAAACUCUCCCCCCCCCCCCAGGUUUGAGAAAUAGACACAUUUGAAGUAUAACAUAUGGGAACCCUGAGAAUCUCUUCAAUGUCACUUUUCACAUGGAGAAUACUAGUUUUUGCAGAAGAAUCAACAAAUGAAGUUGCUCAAUUUUUCGAAAGACUUCAAAAUCAAUCAACUCUUUCAAAUCUUCGAACUUCUUGUUCAAAUAAAUCCAAUUCCAAUUCGCCAUCUUCUUCUCCUUCAACUCGCGAAAGAUGUGGAGAUGUUGAAGAAGCUGGAGAAUCAUCAGCAAAAAGACGAAAAUGUGACGAAGAAAUGGAAGUUGAUGUUGGAGAAGAAGUUAUGGAAGAUUAUGAUGGAACUGAAGAUGAUAACAACAAACCAACAAAUAGUAAUGAUUCAACCAAAAAGUAG